AUGAAGAAGCCUGUUAUGAGGGAGAGGCGUCUGUAUAUUACGAAAUGUAUCUGGCAACACGUCUCUCUUCAAAAUUCUCCGACUGAUGCUCUCUCAUUCGUUCGUGCAAGUAUAUCUAUCUAUCUAUCUAUCUAUCUAUCUAUCUAUAUAUCUAUCUAUAUAUAUUCUUUUUGUUUAAUAAGUGACGCUUCUUUUGUACUUCGUUUUCUUCCAAUGCUUUUCUUUGGUUCUUUUUACCUUUUGCCUGUUUUUCCUUUGACCAAAUAUUUCUUUUAUUCAAAAUUGAUUUUUAUUCUACCAAAUUAUAACUACAAUUCACUUUUUGUUCAAUUUUCUUGCUUUCUUGCUCUCUUGCUUUCUUUCUUUCUUUCUUUCUUUCUUUCUUUCUUUUAUGCUUUCUUUUCAGCUCAUGCAGUGGUCAGGGCUCAAAUAGUUAAUUUUCCGAUUUUCUUUCUUUCUUUCUUUCUUUCAGAGCGCAAUUUUAAUUUCUAUUCUUUGACUUUCUUCGUGAGUAUAAUUUUCCUUUAUUUUCCUUCUUUAUUUUUAUUACCAGUUACACUUCAGUGUAUUAUUCCAGUCAUUUAUCAACAUUUCUUUUCAUUUCCUUCUUUGUUUGUGCAUUUUUAUCUCUUUUCCUUCUUAAUUCUCCUUUGUAUUUUUUCUUUCUGUUUCUUUGAAACAAGUUCAUUCGUUUAUAUUGCAUUCCUCAUUUUCAUUUUGCUAUGA